AUGGCAACUGAGGACUCACAUUAUAUAAAGUCCGGCCCACCCUCUGCAGCGUCCAAUCUUGACUCGUGGUUCAGGGAAGAAAGUCACUAUAGCCUUUUCAGGAUUUUAGUGACGGUCAAAAUGCUUGCGACGCAUGUGAUCUUGAUCCUCCUGACGGGGACGUUGGCACUUGCCGCCGUGGCAGACUCCCUGGUGCUGUGCCCGCAGUUUCCCUCCUGCUGCUACCCUCGAGACCACUGCCACGCACUCUGUCCCUCCUGCAGGGAAGCGAGGUUCUUCCGGAACGGCGUUCGCCUAUUUCCUAAGAACCCCAGAGGCUGCUCCAUCGGCGGAAAUGUCAUCAAUCCUGAUCCUUUUGCUUUUCCCAAUUCUCCGAUAUUUCCUAGUCCCCCAAUAUGUAUAUGAAAUUUUGUUAAUGAAUUCUCUCUGUCUAGUCAAUAUCUCUCUUUCUUAAGGAUUUAUGAAUGUGCAUUUUGUGCAGAAUACUUACCUUCGUCUUUUGGUUAAUUGAGACUGAUAGGGAAAAGAGGCACACACAGAUAUUCACUUGUUGACUUUAAAGAGAGCCUCUCGGGGAUUGCUUUGAAGAUAUCAAGUUUUAUCGGAUUUUUUCUAGCAAGAUAACAAAUGUACUCACGUUGAAAGCAGAAUAUUUGAUAAUAAACUGUUCUUUUUAC